GGUCCCGGUCCCGGUCCCGAUCCCGAUCCCGAUCCCGGAGCCGGCCCAUGUCCCGGCCCGCGGCGCCGCCCGGCUCCCCGCGCCGCCUCGGGGCGCUCAGCACGGCGCAGCUCCGGGCUCUGCUGCAGGACGAGCCGCGGCUGCAGCGCGCCGCCCGCCUAAGCAGGAAGUUCCAGAGUCUACAGCUGGAGCGGGAAAUGUGUUUGGCUUCAAAUUGCACUCAGGCCAGGGUGAAUCUGUCCCUGCGCCCACGGCUGGAGGAUGGGAAGGCUUCCCUGGCCAUCAAGUACCAGGAGCUGCAGGAGAUCCGAGAGGCAUGUUGGGACAAGCAGCAGCGCCUGGAGGUUUACCUGGAGAAGUGGAGUCCACAGAGCGCCCUGGGCCAGCUCCAAGCCAAGCUUGAUGCCUCCGAAGCAGAGUCAGAGGCACAGAUAAAGCAGUUCCUGGCCCAGGACCUGCCCCUCGAGUCCUUUCUGGAGUCCUUCUGCCAGAGCCGCACACGCUCCCACGUCUGCCGGACACAGCUGGAGAAACUGCAGGAGCUGCUGCAGAAGGACCGGGUGCAGAAGGACCAGGUGCAGAAGGACCAGGUGGGCAGGGACCCUGUGGGCCCUGCGGGGUGCCCAGGUGCCCCAGCUAGCAUGGCACCAGCCCGCCUUGCCCCCUUGCAGAGUGGAGUAGCCCCCAAAACCUUUGAUCUGUCCUGCGGCUUUGUGCCUGCCUUCCUCAUCCCCUCGGAGGCUGUUGUGCCCUUUCCCGUGCCGGCUGCACCUCCCAAGCACCAUCUCCCGGCCCUGGGACAGCAGCCAGCAUCUCCCUGCUCCAAAACGCCCAGCCUGGGCUCUCCCCUGCGCCUCGUUGGACACAUCCCCGUGCUCAGCCCCCAGCCCGGCCGCGGGCAGCAGCAGCCACAGCACGAGGAGCAGGAGCCUCCGCACCGGUAGCAGGGCGGGGUGGGGGAUGUCCCUGCUCCCGUGCCUCCCGGGGGCUGGGCAGGAACACCUGGGCAGGAGUAUGAGGGGAGGGGGGUGGUGUAGGCACAGCUCCAAAGGGUCUGUGGGGCAGGCACGUGGGUGGGUGCUCACAGAGGGAUGGAGGUACUUGGUUGGGGCAGGUGCCAUGGCCGGGUAGGGAGUCCUGCAUUUGGGGAGCUGCCAGGGGGAGGUCUCUGCAUCCACAGCAGGAGGAAUGGUGACAGGAAGUGGGGGUGGGUGGCUCAUAGGGAUGUCAGUGGGCUUAGCUGGGAGGGAUAGCAGGGAAAAGGCACAGGAGCGCUGCGUGUGCCACAUGCUCCUAA